AUGGCUGCAGGAGAACUAGAAGAAACAAGAGCUCAACGUGUUACCGAUAUCACUGAUGAACCUCUUGAAUUCAUCGCACCUAUAACUGGCUAUGAAAAAGAACCUCUCGUUUCAUUGGAGCAAGCUGCUAAACCACUUGUGAAAAUUUUACCAACUAUUGAGAGUCGUGUCUACGUUGCUAAACAAAAAUGUAGGAAGCCUGCCGAUAAUUUAACACAGGACGAAUCAGCUGCCAUCAUGCUUUAUACGAUGGGAUGGCAACCACGUAACGAAUGUUUGUAUUUCGUUUUGAAUGAAACGUUACGAGCAUCAGAGCGGGACGAAACGCUGAAACCAUGGUAUUUAUAUAUUAGGCUCUUUCUGAAUGCAUUGUUUCGUCUUUCACCACUUCAAAAAACGGUAUAUCGAGGUGUUCGAUUGGACAUGAGCAAUCGUUAUAUCAAAGGAGAAACAAUAGUUUGGUGGGGUUUCUCAUCCUGCACUACAUCUGUUGAUGUUCUAAAGUCGAAAACGUUUUUAGGCGAAACUGGAAAUCGAACAAUAUUCAAUUUACAUUGCCAAUCAGCUAGAAGUAUCCGUAAUCAUUCAUAUUUUCCAGCGGAAGAAGAAGUGUUGCUAUUAGCUGCGACUCAAUUUAAAGUAGUAGGCUGUCUUAAGCAAGGUGAUCUUCACAUAAUUCAAUUGGAAGAAACUCUUCCUCCAGUUCCACUUUUACAGCCGGUGCCGAUCAUCGUUCCUGCAUCAUCAAUGUCAGUUAAAACGAUGUAUUUCACUGAUAUUGCUAUUGAUGCUCGAUGGGCUCAAAAUGGUAUCACUAUUGUUGGAGGAUGUGAAGCGAGUGAAGCAACGAAUCAGCUCCACAGUCCUUUGGGACUCUAUAUUGAUGAAGAAGGAACAAUGUUUAUUGCCGAUGAAGUGAAUCAACGUAUUGUCAAAUGGAAAUCGGUUGCCAUGAGUAGCGAAGUAGUCGCUGGCAACAAAGGAAAAGGCGAUCGAUUGGAUCAGUUCAACACUCCAACCGAUACGAUCGUCGAUAAAGAGGGCAAUAGUCUCAUCAUCUGUGAUUGGGGAAAUCAACGAGUUAUGCGAUGGUCUCUUCGAAUUGGCACAACGAAUGGAGAAAUCCUUAUCUCUAAUAUUCGAUGUUUUGGAUUGACAAUGGAUGAUCAAAGAUUUCUUUAUGUGUCUGAUCAGGAGAAACACGAAGUAAGACGAUAUAAAAUAGGAGAGACGACAGGAAUUGUGGUCGCCGGUGGAAAUGGCAAAGGAGAUCGGCUCAAUCAACUCAACUGGCCCCGUUACAUCUUUGUCGAUCAAGAUUAUUCUGUCUAUGUCUCGGACUGUUGGAAUCAUCGUGUGAUAAAAUGGGCGAAGGGUGCAAAAGAAGGAAUUGUUGUCGCCGGUGGUCGAGGAAAAGGAAAUGCUCUAAAUCAGUUGUCUUUACCUAACGGAUUGUUCAUCGAUUCAUCAGGAAGUGUCUAUGUGGCAGAGGGAGGAAAUAAUCGAGUGACAUGUUGGCGUAAAGGAGCAACUCAUGGAGAAUUGGCUGUCGGUGGAAAUGGUGAGGGUUCCAGACCAAAUCAAUUUAACUAUCCUGAAGCUUUGUCCUUCGAUUGCCAUGGUAAUCUUUUCGUGGUCGAUAAUAGCAAUCAUCGAGUUCAAAGUUUCUCAUUCGAAAAGAACGAAUUGCUGUGA